AGUGUGCCUGUGGCAGUGGUGCGGGCAGGACGUCGUGUGGGUGGACGCUUUCUCUUCCCUCACUCGACAUCCCUUCGUAAGUUGAAGGCGUAUGUUUGAGGAGCUUCUGGGCGCUGCAUGUGGCAACACCGUGACUGAGGGGUGCGUUCUGGACGCGUCAGGCGCAAGAGGUCAACACCGCCCGUUAAGAGUACCGCAUGAGGCGUGAGGAGGAGCAGCCUGAGGCCACACUCUGAGAACACCUGCACAGCCCAGCGGUGACGCCAUGAGUGACGGGGAACACCGCAUCCGCUUGGUCCUCUUGGGCGGCGCUGGCGUCGGCAAGAGCUCCAUCAUCAGCCGCUUUCUCUACAACAAAUACUCCGACAAGUACAAGAGCACCGUCGAGGACCUCUACAACCGCGACUACGAGUUCGGACACAUCACCCUCAAGGUGGACAUCCUGGACACGGCCGGGGACUUCCAGUUUCCAGCGAUGAGGCGGCUGUCCAUCGCGAACGCUCACGCCUUCCUCAUCGUCUACUCCAUCAGCCACAGUCAGUCCUUCGACAUUGUCCGUCAGUGCAUCGAGGAGAUCAAGGAGCAGCGCUCAGACCUCGAGGAGAUCCCCAUCGUCAUCGCUGGCAACAAGAUGGAUCUGGAGGUCGAGCGGCAGGUCUUCAAGGAGGACGUGACUGAAUGGAUCUACAGAGAACUGCAGAGAUUUAGAUGUCGCGUGAUCGAGUGCUCAGCCAAGGAGAACCUCCACAUCAAGGACAUCUUCCGAACAUUCCUGCAAAUCGGGAAGGUGCCCCAAGGAGACGAGACCAACCUCAAGCGACAGUCCUCCGCCUACACCAAGUCCAGGAACCAGCGCCGCAGCCAGACCCCUCCUAGAGAGCGCGACGCCAUCCCAGAGAAUGGUGGUGCUUCAGGGUCCACUCCACCCUCAGCCUUCUCCAGGACCAAGCCCAGAAGUCGCUCUCUUAUUCGGAGGUCAUCCAAGAAGGCCAAGCAGCAGGUACGGGAUGCCCAGCCAGAUGAGUGUACCCUCUCGUAACCCUGCUAGGACCCCCGC